UCAACAAUCACUAAAAUCCCAUAUCAGCUUUACCCUUAUCUAUACCUCAACUUCUCUUCCAUGGCCUCUAAAACUUUCGCCAUGAAAUUCUUCUUACUACUAAUUUUUUCAUUUGCCAUCAUUCAAAUGGCAACAGCUGGAGAUCCAGACAUCCUCUCAGACUUUAUAGUCCCCCCAAAUGUCACAGUUGAUGGAAAUUUCUUCACAUAUACUGGCAUACGUUCUCUUAUUACGGCAGGCCUUCCCACAGCCUUUAAGGUCUCCAAAGCAGCCUUGACUGAAUUCCCUGCUCUUAAUGGGCAGAGUGUUUCUAUUGCUGUUCUUGAAUUUGCGGCUGGCUCCACUAACCCACCGCACACCCAUCCUCGCUCUGCUGAGCUCCUUUUCCUGAUUGAUGGUACCCUUCAAGUGGGGUUUGUUGAUACCACCAACAAGUUGUUUACUCAGACACUACAAACGGGUGAUAUGUUUGUAUUUCCAAAAGGACUCGUACACUUUCAGUAUAACUCUGCCGCCAAAGCACCUGCGAUAGCAAUUUCAGCCUUUGGAAGCACAAAUGUUGGAACUGUUUCAAUUCCUAACACUUUAUUCAACACUAGCAUUGACGACAAUGUCUUGGCUUUGUCCUUCAAGACUGACGUUGCCACCAUUCAACAUCUUAAAGCUGGUCUUGCUCCCAAGCCUUAAGGAUACCGUUCAUUACUACUAGCUAGUAGCUAUUUCAUGAUAGCUCAUUGUUCUUUACUCCUUGAUCUACGUGAUUGUUGUUGUUUUUUUCUUUCUUUCUUUCUUUCUUUCUUUUUUGUUUAAUCUUUCAAAUAAUUACCCUUUUGUUCAGAAGGGUAAAUCAUCAAAUUUGUCAGUAUUAACUGUUAUUUUUC